UGUUUCACGUCACAACUCGUACGUUUCGAAAUCAACAAUCUCGUUUCCAUAAGAAUAUUAAAGAAUUGUUCGAAUCAACGAUCAUAAUGGCCUCUUCCGACUGGAUCGAAGUGCAAAGACUUGCGGCCGAAUUUCAGCGAGCCCAGCUUUCCAGCGCACUUCAAAAGCUCUCUGAGAGAAACUGCAUUGAAAUAGUUUCCAAACUCAUUGAGUUAAAGCUCAUUGAUGUAUUUUACACCAAUGAUGGCAAAGAGUAUGUCACUUUAGAUCAGCUAUCUAGGGAAAUUUGUGAUGAACUCUAUCUGCAUGGAGGAAGAAUAAGCUUAACAGAGCUUGUACCAAUCCUCAACAUCAGCUACCAUGCUAUUGAAUCUAGGGCACAGGAUAUAAGCCAAACUAAACCUGAAAUCCAUUUAGUGUCUGGUCAGCUGAUAGAUGAUGACCAUUUAGAUCGCCUUGCUGAGGAAAUUAAUGAAACCCUUCAGCAGUCAGGGCAGAUUACUGUAGUUGAAUUAACAAAACAGUAUGAAUUGCCAAUUGAUUUCAUACUUCAGCAAAUUCGCAAAAGACUGGGUACCAUUAUACAAGGCCAGCAGGACAAAUACGACCACCAUGUCUUCUUCACCGAAGGCUUUUUGGCGCGCAAUCGAGCACGUAUCCGGGGGGCUCUAUCUGCAAUUACUGUUCCUACUUCUGUUUCAGCAAUUAUUGCUCAAAAUAAGCUUCCCGAACGCCUUUUUUUCGCUGUUGCCGAUGAGCUGAUCAGCUCAAAACGAAUUCAAGCAUCGUUAAGCGGAGGCAGACAAGCCAAUGUAGCUACGUUCAUACCUGAUGUUCAUUCGCGAUCUCAAAAUGAAUGGAUCGACAAUUUCCUGAAGCAGAACGGUUAUCUUGAAUAUGCAGCCCUUACCCGACUAGGAUUAGGUGAUCCUAAAAGCUUUUGCCGAAAACGUUUCAGAGAAACCUCUCUUCUUUAUCUCUCAAGCUGUUGCGUCGGUAGUUACAUUUUACAGCAAAUAGAGGCUGCCGUCGAAGAGGCUCUUAUUUCCCAAUCUUGGGUGGAAGUGCUGCCCCUGCUGCCCAGUGUAUUUGACGAAGAAGAUGCUGAACAAAUUAUUCAGCACGUGCUAAAGAACAGCCAAAAUUUACCUGGAAAAGAUGCGCUUGUGAUUGGACAUUCAGCAGUCACAAGUAAUGCGUUCGUCCAAAACCUAAGGCUCAUAUUUAAGCCAAUGAUUGAAGAAAAAGCAAGUGAGGUUGUGGCAUCUGGAGACUAUCUCCAAUCUCUUGCAGAUCAGCGUAAUGCCAAGGAAAAAUCGUUCAAACCGGAGCAGAGCAACGAAAAAAAAGAUCGGAAAGAUGAACGAAGGAAAAAAGCUAAUGAAGGCAAACUUGGUGGGGGCACCCAGGGCAGAGAAACAAAAACUAGGGCUACUAAAAAAAAGUAUCAGAAGGGGAAAAAUGACUCUGAUGAUGAGGGGGAAGAAGAAUUUGUUGGAGGAAGUAGUUCUGCCUCUACCGAACUUCAGUUCAUGUCCCUUGAUGAAAUUUCUAAUGUUUUGAGAAAACAGGAAAACUUGUCUGAUGCACCCGACGAGUUCAUCGAAGACAUUGCGCGGCGUCUUUAUCCAUCAUUGCAGUCUUCGUUCCAAGAGGCAGCCCGGCUGGCGUUUGAAGCAGUACUAUCGGCAACAUCAGGCCAGAGACGGCAAACCCACAGUGAAUUGCAAAAUAAAGUGCAAUUGUUAUUGCAAAAUAUAAAACAGGGUGAGAAGGCGAUUCAGUUCUUUACUUCAUUAGAUGUACAGCAGCAGCUUGUUCGCCACCUACUCAAAACAGCUGGAUCGGAGUUAGUUAAUGAAUUGGUUUCGUACGUAUCCCAGGAUACUAAUGUCGCAAACGAUUCGAAGGACCUAUCUCCUGAGGCCCGACAAAAGAUAAUCAAUGGCUUGCCGCAGAAUAUACGGGUACCGCUUCAAGGACUUCACAAAGCUAGCCAAGGAGCAAGCAUCGAAGAAUUUCUUUCAGAAGCUGAUGUGGCCCUUGCAGCCUGUGAUGUCGUCUUGCGCAAAGCGGACAAAAAGAAAGACAAAACAAUCCCUAUCCAGCAACGUCAUGUGCUAAUCGAGCAGCUUAAUGCAGCACAAGAUGCUGCCUUAGUCUUGCAUGUGGCUGUUCUUUUGCUUUUCCAUACUGUUACCCAAACCGUCCUGACUGCUUCAGGCCGGUUUGUCCCCCAGAUUAUCAGUUUCCUCCAAUCGCACUUACCGCAGCCUCUUGGAGAGUCGCUGUCUGAAUUGCAAGAACACAAGAUUGUCCUUGUUGGCCUGGACAAUGCAGGAAAAACAACCAUUCUUUAUCAGUUCCUCAUGAAUGAAGUCGUUCACACAUCACCCACUAUUGGUUCAAAUGUUGAAGAGGUCGUGUGGAAAAAUAUACAUUUCAUCAUGUGGGACCUGGGAGGGCAAGAAUCUCUUAGAGCUGCAUGGAAUACCUAUUACACCAACACAGAGUUUGUAAUAUUAGUAGUGGAUUCAACUGACAGGGAAAGGUUGAGCAUCACUCGACAAGAAUUACAUAAAAUUCUAGCCCAUGAAGAGCUUCACCAAUGUGCAGUUUUAGUUUUGGCAAACAAGCAAGAUGUCAAAGGCUCCAUGUCCGCUGCAGAGAUUUCUCGCCACCUGAACCUGACUUCCAUAAAGAAACACAAGUGGCAGAUUCAAGCGUGUUGUGCACUUACUGGUGAAGGGCUGUACCAAGGGCUCGAAUGGAUCGCCAGUCAGAUUCGCAAGAAGUAGAAAUUUGGCGGGAGGGGAGAGGGUUAGACAUAGCGUUAUUUAAGUCGUCAAAACUUGACGUUGUAUAAAUCUAGAAUGCUCUCCGAGCAGGGUCCAUAUCUCAUGUGGAGAACUCGUGGAAUCAUCGUGUAUUAGUUCGAAAUUGAAUAAGCUGUUCCUUUGUCUAGAGCCGAAACAUUUUCGGAACUGUACAGUCAUCGUGUGCAAAUUUUUUUCCUAAUGUGGGCUUUCCUUUCAACCAAUCUAUGUUUUUUACGUACGUGUACAGUUUUUUUGCGCGCCGAUCGACCGAAUCACAGGCAUCUACAACCACGAUGAGCUCACCAUAGUUUCAUUUACUUGUGAAUGCCGCUCGUGUAUCGAAAAAAACUAGCCGUAAUUUCAGUGGAAAUAAAUGAAGCAU